AAAUUUCUCAGCAGAAAAAAAAGUUGAACAGCGAGACUCAAUUCUCUCCUUCUUUCACCUGCAUUGUAUAUUUCUCCACGGCCCCUUGUUGAUUCCCUUACCGCCUCUACGCCUCUUUAACAACUAUUUCAAUUCUAUUCCCCUGCUACAUACUAUACCUCAGCCCUCAAAAUGGCUCUCCGCAGCGUUAAGAGCCUCGCUCCCCUCUUGGACCGUGUCCUCGUUCAAAGAAUAAAGGCCGAGGCCAAAACUGCUUCUGGCAUCUUCCUUCCCGAGAGCUCCGUCAAAGAACUGAACCAGGGCAAGGUUUUGGCUGUAGGACCAGGUGCUCUUGACAAGAAGGGCAACAGAAUUUCAAUGGGUGUGGCUGUUGGUGACAAGGUUCUGAUUCCUCAGUAUGGAGGCAGCCCCGUUAAGAUCGGCGAUGAAGAGUAUUGCCUCUUCAGAGAUUCUGAGAUUCUUGCAAAAAUCAACGAGUCAUAAUACCAUGUUGAAUGAACCAUUCAUUCUUGAGAAUCUGAGCCUGUACAUUAUGUAAUAUCAUGAAAUUCGGGAAACAACCGAUCGAUUACAGGAGGGAAACUUAUAUAUCAAGAGAUAUAUCAUGGGAGUGGAAGGGAGCCAGAAACAGAUUAUGCGACGAAAGGCCGGAUGUUGUUGCAGCGCCCUCGAAACACCACACCAUAACUGGUGCUUAAAAGCACAGUUACUAAUCACCUGCACAUCGCUCUAUCUGGCUUUCUUUUUGAGCUGCGCCGCACCCACCGACCCUCCCUUUCCCACUUGUGAAUUAUCUGUUUGAAUACGUUCUAGCCCAUCGUAUUAGUAGUGUUUUAUAUGUUAUUGUAUUUCCUUACAUCUGUUUACUAAAGCAUAAUUUAAACAUCACGAUCUCCUCUCAUCCCCUCUUUUGCUACCACUUUGUCCAUCAUCACUUUGGAAAUUAGGAAAAUAUAUGAGAGUGCAACUCGGCCAUUACUGAGGAGACAAUUCAUACUUGAGCCUCCUACUUUACUCCGGAAAUCGGUAACGAAUGGCACAACUGAGCCAGAGAAAUUCAUCAACAGCUUUCCGUGACUGAUCCAACUUCCAAAAGUCGCUGCACAUGGUCUCUAUCAUGCUAAGCUAACCAUGCAGCCCAUAGAAUAGAGGCGCAGUACUCCUUUCAUAUGUCCAGGAAACAAAACGGGGGGGAGUACAAACAUUUUUCCAAGAAAUAUUCUCGAAUUAAUCAUUUCCAUAACAUACUGUGUGUGCGGCGCGGAAGAACUGUUCUAUGGAACAUGGGAUGCGUCCUGCACACAAAGGCUAGAUGCCGCGGAUGUAUAUUGUUGGAUGACCUUUUUCGAUACGCUCCCAAAUUAUCCUAGACGAAUGGGUAAGUUAUAACCGAAGAAAUUCCCGUGAUUUUUCUGGUGUCCUCGAGCUCCGCCAUUUCCGUUCUAUUAUUACGAAUGGGGGGAUAUGUAAUGGCCAAUCCACCUGGAA